AUGAAAAGAGGAACAAAUAGUCCAAUCAAUGCAACCGAAAGGUCACCUUUGGUCAGCGGAGCAGACCAAUCAUACAACAAUGGAGCUGAUCAAUCAUCAAUAGAUCAAACUGAACGAAAGUUUACACCAGUAUCGGCUGCAAUGAACACAAUCAAGAGUUUCGCAGGUGCUGGUAGUUUUGCUUUACCAUGGGCAAUGUCAAAUGCUGGAGUAUUUAUAGGAUCUAUAGGAUUGGUAUUAAUAGCAUUAUUGGCCAAUUAUACAAUGACCCUUUUAUUAAAAUGUAAUAUUAAAUUGUCAGAUGAACAACUUGGAUCUGAUCAACCACCUCCCUCCUACUCUGAUUUGGCCAGACGUGCAUUUGGUCGUGUCGGAGAGUUGAUUGUAUGUUUUAUCAACUUUUCAGUCACCAUGAGUAUUUGUAUCGCCUAUCUUAUCUUGAUCGGUGCCAAUCUUGAAAUGUUGACCAAUUCACAUAUCAGUUCAUCUGUUGCCAUUUGGAUUGUAUUACCUAUUAUUGUUGCACUUAGUUGGGUAACUGAUAUGAAAUAUUUAGGAUUUACAAGUAUAUUUGGAGCAGCUGCAUUGAUUUUAGCAAUGAUUACAGUUAUUACCUAUGGUAUUAAAGAUUAUUCAGUUGAACCACUUUCACAUUAUAAGGUUGAUUAUGCAAACAUUCCACUUUGGUUUGGUGUUGCUGCAUUCUUUUUCUGUAAUCAUAUUGUUGUUGUUCCAAUUAGUCAUGCUUCUGGAGACUAUCGUCGUUAUCCAAGUGUGUUGAAUGCUUCAAUGGUUUUCAUCACCAUUAUCAAUAUUCUUUUCACUACUUUGGGAUACCUCUAUUUCAACUUUGCCACUGUCGAUGGAGUUGUUGGAGUACCAUCAAACAUUGUGAUGGCACUGCCCAAUGGUAUAUUUGCCAAUAUUGUACGUGCAUGUGUUAUUGCAGAGCUCAUUUGUUCAUUCCCAAUCAUCGUCGGAGCAGGUCUCAAUGUAGUCGACUCUUCACUCGAAUUCUUCCACAACCACUUUUCAGCAUUCCCAAACAACAACAAAGUAUGUGAUGAUGGAUCCACUAAAUUCUUUAGUCGCAAUUGGAAGUUUUAUGUUAUUAGAGUUAUUAUCAUUGGUAUCUUGGCAGCUAUUGGUACUACCAUAAAGACAUUUGGCAGUUACACAUCGCUUAUUGGAUCGCUGAUGUUGGCUAUUGCCGGGUUUGUCAUACCACCCCUUCUCUACAUUCGUUUCUUCCCCGAGCAAUCUAAACUAUCCACCACUGUUCACAUCAUCAUCACUGUAUUUGGUGUUGCUGCAACUAUCCUUGGAACUUAUCAAUCUAUUGAUGCACUCAUUAAAGGAAACUAA